GUUCUCCUGGUGCCAUUUUAAGCAGGAAAAAUACAAAUAUGAUAUGGAAAAAACAGAGCAUCAAAAUAUUUAUCAAAGACUAUGCAAGAAUGCAGGAAUGUCUGUGUAUCUUUAUGAUGUUAAAGCUGGAGGAUUUGAGAUCCUGUAUCUUGUAGAAGUUUGAUCACGAGUCAGUGGAGGAGAUCAUACUAAUCAGAUUCUCCUGCAGCUUCAUCAUGGCUGACUCACAAGGAUCCAGAGACAGAGAUUUUUCUCCAGGAUGCAGUUCAGUCCAGCAGAAGAGCUCAAACCCAGAGUCCAGCUGUGUGUCUAUGAAGAGUAACUGGUCUAUGGAUCGCCCAAUAAAGUUUGAGAGUGGAAACACACGGCCUGAUCUCAGUUCAGUCCAGCAGAAGAGCUCAAACCCAGUGUCCAGCUGUGUGUCUAUGAAGAGUAACUGGUCUAUGGAUCGCCCAAUAAAGUUUGAGAGUGGAAACACACGGCCUGAUCUCAGUUCAGUCCAGCAGAAGAGCUCAAACCCAGUGUCCAGCUGUGUGUCUAUGAAGAGUAACUGGUCUAUGGAUCGCCCAAUAAAGUUUGAGAGUGGAAACACACGGCCUGAUCUCAGUUCAGUCCAGCAGAAGAGCUCAAACCCAGUGUCCAGCUGUGUGUCUGUGAAGAGUAACUGGUCUAUGGAUCGCCCAAUAAAGUUUGAUAGUGGAAACACAGAGCCUAGUCUCAGUUCAGUCCAGCAGAAGAGCUCAAACCCAGUGUCCAGCUGUGUGUCUAUGAAGAGUAACUGGUCUAUGGAUCGCCCAAUAAAGUUUGAGAGUGGAAACACACGGCCUGGUCUCAGUUCAGUCCAGCAGAAGAGCUCAAACCCAGUGUCCAGCUGUGUGUCUAUGAAGAGUAACUGGUCUAUGGAUCGCCCAAUAAAGUUUGAGAGUGGAAACACACGGCCUGAUCUCAGUUCAGUCCAGCAGAAGAGCUCAAACCCAGUGUCCAGCUGUGUGUCUGUGAAGAGUAACUGGUCUAUGGAUCGCCCAAUAAAGUUUGAGAGUGGAAACACACGGCCUGAUCUCAGUUCAGUCCAGCAGAAGAGCUCAAACCCAGUGUCCAGCUGUGUGUCUAUGAAGAGUAACUGGUCUAUGGAUCGCCCAAUAAAGUUUGAGAGUGGACACACACGGCCUGAUCUCAGAACAGUUAAAAACAAAACUGUGAUUCAACCACACGACUUUAAUGACAGCAUGUAUCCUGGUUUCAGUCAUUGGUCUAAACUUGCUGAAGUCCUAAACACAUUGAGAUCAAAUCUGAGAAAGAAGUUUGAGUGUUUGUAUGAGGGAAUAUCAAAGCAGGGAAACCCAACACUCCUGAAUGAGAUCUACACAGAGCUCUACAUCACCGAGAGUGGAAGUGGAGAGAUCAAUAAUGAGCAUGAGGUGAGACAGAUUGAGACACAGUCCAGGAGAGCAGAAACAGAGGACACACCGAUCAAAUGCAGUGACAUCUUUACACCUUUACCUGGACAAGACAAACCCAUCAGAACUGUGCUGACAAAGGGAGUCGCUGGCAUUGGAAAAACAGUCUCUGUGCAGAAGUUCAUCCUGGACUGGGCUGAAGGGAAAGAGAAUCAGGACGUCCAGCUCAUAUUUCCACUUCCUUUCAGAGAGCUCAACUUGAUGAAGGACAAAACACUCAGUCUUUCAGAUCUUCUUCAUCGCUUCUUCCCUAAAACCAGAGAAAUGGCCAUAUCCAGUGAUGAGUAUAAAGUUGCAUUCAUCUUUGAUGGUCUGGAUGAGUGUCGUUUGUCUCUGGAUUUUCAGAGCGAUGUGAGGUUGUGUGAUGUGACUGAAUCCGCCUCAGUGGACGAGCUGCUGACGAACCUCAUUGUGGGGAAUCUGCUUCCCUCGUCUCUCAUCUGGAUCACCUCCAGACCAGCAGCAGCGGAUCUCUUCCCCUCUGAGUGUGUCCAUCGAGUGACAGAGGUACGAGGCUUCAGUGACACACAGAAGCAGGAAUACUUCAGGAAGAGAAUCAGUGAUCAGAGUCUGGCCGACAGGAUCAUCUCACACCUGAAGUCCUCAAGGAGCCUCUUUAUCAUGUGCCACAUCCCAGUGUUCUGCUGGAUCUCAGCCACUGUUCUAGAGGAGAUGUGCAGUGGAGCAGAGAGUGGAGAGAUUCCCAAGACUCUCACUCAAAUGUACACACACUUCCUGCUCAUUCAGACCAACAUCAAACAUGAGAAGGACUAUGAGGAGAAAGUGAAAGAUGAAGACAUGAUUGUCAAAUUGGGGAAACUGGCGUAUCGGCAGCUUGUGAAAGGCAACCUGAUCUUCUAUGAGGAAGACCUGAGCGAGUGUGGCAUUGAUGUGGCAGAAGCAUCAGUUUACUCAGGAUUGUGCACUCAGAUCUUCAGAGAGGAGUUGGGCUUGUAUCAGGGGAGAGUCUUCUGCUUUGUUCAUCUGAGCAUUCAGGAACAUCUCGCAGCUCUGUAUGUGCAUCUCUCCUUUAUAAACCAUAACAUCCAUGUGUUUGACCAGAUUACCAAACCAACUAAUGGAGACAAAGUGUCCCUAUCUGAUCUCCAUCAGAGAGCUGUGGAUGAGGCUUUACACAGUAGAAAUGGGCAUCUGGACCUUUUCCUUCGUUUCCUUCUGGGUCUGUCAGUGGAGUCUAAUCAGAGUCUCUUACAAGAACUAAAGACACAGACAGCAAACAGGUCUCACAGCAAUGAGGAAACAGUUGACUAUAUUAAAGAGAAGAUCAGUGAGAAUCCUUCUCCAGAUAAAUACAUCAAUCUGUUUCACUGUCUGAAUGAACUGGGUGAUCUUUCUCUAGUAAACGAAGCUCAACCUCAUAUGAGCCGUGGAGGAUUACGUAAUGUGAAACUCUCCUCGUCUCAGUGGUCAGCUUUAGUUUUUGUGUUGUUGACAUCAGAGGAGACAAUGAAUGACUUUAAACUGAACAGCUUAACUGGAGAUGAUUAUCGUGAUGCAUCUGCCACCCAGAAAGAACAAAACACAGCAGAUGAAGUUCUUCAGAAGCUGCUGCCUGUGGUUACAGCAACUAGAUCAGCUGUAUUGAGUAAGUGUGGUGUCACAGAUAAAGGUUGUGCUUCUCUGGCUUCAGCUCUGAGAUUAAACCCCUCACACUUGAGACAACUGAAUCUGUCUAAGAAUAAAUUAGGUGACACAGGAGUGAAGCUGCUCUCUGUUGUAUUGGAGAAUCAUCACUGUAAACUGGAGAAUUGGAGGUUGAGUAAGUGUGGUGUCACAGAUGAAGGUUGUGCUGCUCUGGCUUCAGCUCUGAGAUCAAACCCCUCACACCUGAGAGAACUGGAUCUGUCUGAGAAUAAACUAGGAGACUCGGGAGUGAAGCUGCUCUUUGCUGUACUGGAGAAUCUUCAAUGUAAACUGGAGAAUUGGAGGUUGAGUGAUUGUGGUGUCACAGAUGAAGGUUGUGCUGCUCUGGCUUCAGCUCUUAGAUCAAACCCCUCACACCUGAGAGAACUGGGUCUGUCAUAUAAUAAUCUAGGAGACUCAGGAGUGAAGCUGCUCUCUGCUAUAGUGGAGAAUACUUACUGUAAACUAGAGAAACUGAGUUUGAGUGAUUGUGGUGUCACAGUUGAAGGUUGUGCUGCUCUGGCUUCAGCUCUUAGAUCAAACCCCUCACACCUGAGAAACCUGGAUCUGUCUGAGAACAAACUAGGAGACUCAGGAGUGAAGCAGCUCUCUGUUGUACUGGAGAACUGCAAACUGGAGGAACUGUGGUUGAUGAAGUGUGGUGUCACAGAUGAAGGUUGUGCAGUUCUGACUUCAGCUCUGAGAUCAAACCCCUUACACCUGAGACAAUUGGAUCUGACUGAGAAUGAUCUAGGAGACUCUGGAGUAAAGAUGCUCUCUGCUGGACUGGAUAAUCCUCACUGUAAACUGGAGAAACUGUGGUUGAGUAAGUGUGGUGUCACAGAUGAAGGUUGUGCUGCUCUGGCUUCUGCUCUGAGAUUAAACCCCUCACACCUGAGACAACUGAAUCUGUCUGACAAUAAACUUGGAGACUCAGGAAUGAAGCUGCUCUCUGCUGUAGUGGAGAAUCCUUACUGUGAACUGGAGGUUCUGGGGAUGUAUGAUUGUGGUGUCACAGAUGAAGGUUGUGCUGCUCUGGCUUCAGCUCUGAGAUCAAACCCCUCACACCUGAGAGAACUGGAUCUGACUGUUAACAAUAUAGGAAACUCAGGAGUGAAGCUGCUCUCUGAUCUUGAGGAUGACCCACAUUAUAAACUGGAGAGAGUGUGGUAA